UCGCCAUGGCCGACACGUACGCGGUGGUGCAGAAGCGCAGGGCCCCUCCGAGCACUGGGGCGGGGGCCGCGGCGCCCAGCCCGGAGGAGAGACCGGUCUACAGCCAGGUGAUGCCGCGCGCCCGCCGGCCGCAGGCACCCGCGGAGGACGCGCAGUGGGCGCUCCCGGGCUGCGCACCUGCUGACCCCGGCCUUGCUGGGCCUGGCACCUACGAGGACGUGGCCAGUGUAGCUCAGACCGGUGGCCUGGGCUUCAACGUGCGCGUUGGGAAGCCUAAAGGGCCACGCGACCCUCCUGCGGAGUGGACCCAGGCGUGAGGGCUGCACCGCCCGCUUGCUGCGUCCGCCGCCUGCUGUGCCCAGCCCACCUGCUGCUCCGCGCGGGCGCCUGGACCAUGGGAGGCUGUGCUCUGCUGUGUGAAGUGCUGGGAAUGGAAAGGCUAGGCCUGGACCAAAAUAAAGUUUCUCAGGGUGGGAAAGUGGGGACUUCGCCCGGUGACUGUAGAAUUCAAGGCUGGAGCCAGGGGAGGGAGCUGGGAGCCGAGAGUUGGCCAGGCUGCGCCAGGCGGUCAGGGACGAACGCCAGGAAUGGCUUGGAGCCCCAGCUGCCUCCCAGUUGUGAAGAGGAAGGUGCACAGAUGGGCACAGAUGUGGAAACUGACCCCAUCACCACGUAAUAAAGAUG